AUGCGUCGUAGUAGCACAAGGAAUCCGACCACAAUUACUACGAGAAGAAGGAGGAGCCCCACCCCUCCGGGAUACGGGUACAGUUCACCUAUCAGAAAUAAACAACCUCGCAUGGGGAACGAUCCUGGAAAUGUCUUAUCGCCAAAUAGUGUCCAGGAGGUCAAGAAUCUGCAGUUUGAGGAGUUCCCAUUCUUUAUUACGGAAUCGGUAUGUUUUCUUUUUGUGUUUGAUAUUUAGGUAUCUAAACUUUCUUGGAAUCGUUGCUAACUUUUGGUUAUUCUUACUUUUAUAGGUUCUGGUUCCUCCAACUUCUAUUUCCAAGAGUCCCGGUCAUUCGUUUUAUGAUUGGGAAUGUAUAUUCAGAAUUCCCCAGGAGUAUACAGCAAAAAUGGAACAGAAAGUAAAUGGAAGGCGGGUUUAUCAGUUGCAUGGUCGAUUCUACCAGGAGAAGAUGCAUUCGAGGCAGCCUAUAUUCUAUCCAGAGCAUUGCGAUGUCAAGGUGGAUUCUGUUCCCGUCCAUCUGCCGGUAUGUUCUUUAAUAUUGUGAUUCACGAUUAUAUUCAGGAUCCGAUAACGGUAACGGAAGGUAGAAAGAAAGUGUCGCGGCGUCCUCCUUUGCCAGUUGAUCUCACUGGGGCAUUUCGUCCCUUCACUCAAUUCCAUAAAGUCAAUAUCCGAUGGUCUCAUUCCAGUUCCGUGAAAUUUGUCUUUACUGCCGUUCUAGUGAGAUGCGUCGAUACAGAGUUUUUGAAGGAGAAGGUUCUGAAACAGCCCCGAUUACACGAGCAGACCUUGCGUAUGAUCAAAAGAAACUUUGGUGGAGAUGCAGACAUUGCUGUUUCUGAAGUGCGGGUCUCUUUGUUAUGUCCAGUAAGUUUCCAUAAAAUAGAUAUUACUUGAUGUUUAGUAUGGACGGACUGUUAUGAACUUCCCCGCCCGGUCUCUGGAUUGCGAGCAUCUCCAAUGUUUUGAUCUCGUCAAUUUUAUAUCGGUUAAUGAAAAGAAGACCAAUUGGAAGUGCCCCGUGUGCAAUAAAACAGUUCUUUUCAGUCGGUUGCAUGUUGAUUCGUAAGUUUGUUUGAAUGUGACGUGAUUAUUUAUUUUUUUAGUUAUUUCACUGGUAUUAUCACCGACACCCAUCGCGGAGCGAAUGAAGUUGAGUUGAUGAGAGAUGGAAGAUGGGCCAAGGUGGGGAGUAAGGCCGAUGUGUUUGAUAUAGACGACUCAGGCGACGAAGAACCGCCUUCUUCGAGUAAUCAAACCAGUUUAAAUGGAACGGAAAGUUUCCCGGUGAAAGCCGAGGUUGAUCCUCCGCCUCGACCAAUCCCGGUAAUUUUACUUAUUUUAUUCAUAGAUUAUUAUAUAGGGUGGUUUAGCCGGAGCUUCCAACCUUGUUUCAGGUGUUUCUUCGCCAAUAUUGCAUCCAUGUCUAUAAAAUUUAGGGUCUCUUUUUCAUAAUAAUAGUAAAAUCAAUUAAGUAGUAGCGUUUGUAGUAAAUUUUCGAGGAAAUACUCAAAAUAGGUUUAUUCGACAAUGCUGAUUUGGAAAAUAAUUCGAAUUUUUUGUGAUUUUUACUUUUGUGUGAUCGGAGAGUGCACUGAAGUGUACAUCGACAGCCUUUCUUUGUCAUCUUCUGCGCCGGAACGAACAUUCACGAUUUACAAUACGUGAAACUCAUAUUUAUAUUCAUCGGGAACAAAAAAGAUAUUCAAGAAUAAAACAUUAUAGAAUUCAUCCAGACCUAUCAUCUGGAAGUAUCUUUAAAUAUUUUCUUUCUGGGAGAAAGUAGGACUUUCAUUAUAAUUAUAUUUUUUAUAUUUUCUGUAGAAAAUUGGUUUUGAUUCUGGGCGAAAAUAUUUUUCUCUAAAAUUUAUAUCAAAUUGAAGCUGAGGCGCACCGUUUUUUGUCCACCAAAUAUAGCGGGUCUACGUUGACGGAGGCCCCCUUGCUGAACUUUGGCAUUUUCAUGUCUGGAAGUGCGAAAUACCUGAAACAAGGUUGUGAACCACGUGUGCGUUUUGGGUAUAUAAUGGCUAUUAUUCCAGCAGGGCAGCAGCGCUGUUAUAGAAGUUAUUACUCUGUCGGAUUCUGAUUCGGACGGUGAAGACGCAGAUGCUAUUCAGAAUCAGCCUUCUACAAGUUACACUGGCUUCUGGUGUAAUGUUCAGAAGGAUAUGAAUCAGGGGCCCGUCAGAAAAUCCUCCGAUGACUGCAAUCCCGGAUUUCUGUCGUGGCAAGACAAGGAUAAUACUAGCUUCAAACAGGCGAUGUCUAUCCACUCUUCGCCUGCAAAUUCAAAUGUGAGUGUCACGUAAAUUUGUUUGAUUAAUCUUUUGCGCUUAGAUUUCAACGUUGCCCAAUGACCCGCAGCUUCCUAGACCUCGGGCACCAGUUGUAGCACCAGAUGAUGAAGUUAUUGUCUUGGAUUCGGAUUCAGAAGACGAGGACGUGGAUCUCAGGCCGCUUCAUGCCGUUCCAACAACUUCAGCGCCUCCCAACGGGUUUUCCUUUCAGUCCAAUCCUCCUCAGAAUCAGUUCCAGUCUCUGUUUCAGAAUUACAAUCCGCCUCAAUCUAAUGUGCAAACGGUGAGUGGCCAGCUGGAUCAGUUGAUGCAGAUACUGAAUGGUGGGAAGAACCAUUUCGAAUAA